AUGUUUGGCUCCGAGUUCGACUUCAAGCGGACUCACCCCGAGAAGCGCCCGUACGACGAGGAAGAAACACCUUCCGAGGAUCCUGACUCGUACUCCGACGAUGGCUACACCCUCCGCGACUCGUUCGAAGAGCCCCGCAGCGAGAAGAUAAAGGAUGAGAGCUUUGGGGCGAGGAAGAAUCCGAAGCGGUCAUGCGCCGUCUACUUCUUGCUCCUUACCUGUGGGCUGUUGGUGUUCACUCUGCUGGCCCCGAGAGGCUUCUACAGCGGCAGACUUAGAAGGCCCUGGAAGGAUAUUGGGGUGGAGGAUGCGAUCGAGGGGUCGGAAGGUGGUGUGAAGGCGCCGUUGAAUGUGUUUCAGGUGUAUCCGCCGGUUAGGGUGGGCGCGGAGUUCUUGCCCGCGUCGUAUGAGGGGAGAGGGAAGGAGUGCAGUGUUGUGCUGAUGGAGCAUGAGUUUGGAUGGAGCUAUGGGAAGCCUUUCGUUGGGAGCUAUACACCGCCGAAGUGCAGAUGGACACAUGUGCUUUUUAACCUCACCAUGACUUCGAAAGGCAGGCAAUUUGAUAGGCUUGCCAUGCUGUUUCUUGGAGAUGUUGAGGUCUUCCGGACGAGUACUGCAGAGCCCACACAGGCUGGUAUUAUCUUCAACUACAUGAAAGACAUGACCGCCUACACGGCGCUCCUUAACCAGCCCCAAAAGCUGAUCUUCGACCUCGGAAACCUCGUGGACUCCACCUACACCGGGACAUUCACCGCAACCCUCACCGCAACCUUCUACACCCCACCCUCAACCUUCUACACCCCACCAACGCAUCCCUCAAGAUCCCCGCUCCACUCACCGGUACCCGCAAACCAGAUCUUCCCAAUCUCCUCCCUCUCCUCCGCCACAAACCAGCCCUCCCACUUCCUCCUCCCCCGCGACCGCGCCACCACACCACACACCCUCCCCCUGAACACCAUCCGCGCCACCGUCUCCCUCUCCGCCUCCGGCAACGCCGACGAAGAGUUCUGGUACACCAACGUCCCCAGCGCCUACACACACACCUUCCCCGGGGCGCCCCUCCCUGGCGCAUCCCCAUUCCGGGAAGUCCAGCUCCUCAUCAACGGCGAGCUCGCCGGCGUCGCAUGGCCCUUCGCAGAGAUCUACACCGGCGGCAUCAACCCCGCGCUCUGGCGCCCCAUCGUUGGCAUCGCCGCAUACGACGUCCCCGAGUACACCAUCGACAUCACGCCCUUCCUCCCGCUCAUCCUCGGCGCCCCCGCCACCUUCGAGAUCCGCGUCGCGACCGCCGACCCGGACGAGGAGAUCGCAAACGACUGGAUCGUCUCCGGCCGCGUGUUCGUGUGGACGGAUCCCAGCGAGGACUGGAUCACCACGGGCGCGCUGCACCGCAGAUCACUCGGCGCCACGGCGUUCAGCACAACAACGGAACUCACGACCGAAGACGACGGAAACGUAAAUGCGACACUGUACCACCUCAUCACGGCGCAGCGCGCGCUGUCUCUCACGGCAACUAUCAACACCUCGGCCGGCCCGCGCGCGGCAACAUGGUCGCAGGGCCUCAGCUACGCCAACACAAACCGCGUCAGCGCCGGCGGCACGACCCAGUGCGUCGAGCAGGUUACGCAGGGGAGCUCCGCGGCCACAGGGAAGGCGAGUACCUUCCGGUGGCCGCUCAGCGUGAACACGACGUUCUUGGUGGACCCGGCGCGCGGCAACUUUACAAUCUGGGCCAGUGUCGACCGCGCGGUGUCGGAGCGCGGUGAGGGCGGGGUGUUCCCGCGCGGCGGGAGUAUGGAGACUAGGCAGAAUGGGACGGCGGUGUUUAUGAGUGGUGGGGGCGGGGCGUGGGGGGAGACGGAGCAGAGGAUGGCGUGGACGGGGACGCCGGUGCAUGGUGAGGGGGUGGGCGGGUAUGGGAGGAGUGUGAGGGCGGAGGCGGGAAGGGUGGUGAGGGAUUGGGAGUGGGUUAAUGAGUUGUUGGUGCAGAAGGAUUUGGUGGUGGAGAGUGAGGGUGACGAGAUGGUGUUUGUGGAUGAGGAGAGGAGUGUGAGGAGUUUCCUCGGUAGGGGGCCUGGCUAG